AUGCACGCUGAUAUAGAUGGUCAAACGAUGUGGUUUCCCAGCGUGAUUCAGCAGAUCAUCAAGUCGGUAUAUUCUGUGUCACAUACCUGUGUUUUCGUCACUUUGGUCACGAUAAGGGCAGAGCAGGCACAAGGCAUCAUAGAACGUGGAAGGGUGAAGCUUGCAAUGGCAUCAUCCGUUCCCGAGAGUCUGAAGUCUGCAGGUGCCAUAAACUCCUCCCAACACAACACAUUGCUAGAUCUCGGCCAACAAAAACAAGCACCAUCAACCACAACAGAAGACAAUGUCGAGCACCCUCUCGGCAACCCUACAAGCAAGGAAUUAUCAGCUACAACAUUGAAUGCACCUCCACCCGCUAACGGUGAUGAGAAGGGCCGCAUUGUUGAAGACGAUGUCAGAGACGAGGUUGAUAAGGAUGAGAUCCUAGAGCCCACUAUUAGUGUAUGGUCUGGAACGGGACUUGUUAUUGGCCUGAUGAUUGGAUCUGGAAUCUUUGCUACCCCCGGCAAAGUUAUACGAAGUGUGGGCAGUAUAGGUGUGGCUUUGAUGCUGUGGGUGCUUGGAGGCAUAUUUACAUUCUGUGGCACUUUCUCGUAUAUUGAGAUGGGGGUUAUGCUGCCGAGAUCUGGUGGAGAGCAGGCAUAUUUGGAUGUUGCGUUCAGAACCCCCAGAGCUUUUGUAUCCUUUCUCUUUUGCUGGGCCAGUAUAUUCUGUAUACGUCCCGGGAGUAUUGCAGCCGAAGGAAGCGUCAUUGGCCGAUACAUCCAGUUCGCAUACUUUGGAAGCGAUAUCGGAGACCCAAACACUGCGAGAUAUAUCGGCCUUGGUGCACUUACGAUCAUCGCUAUUAUUACUUCAUUGUCUAGUAAAUGGGCUAUUCGCAUCCAUGAUGUGUUUGUCGGGAUUAAAGUCAUGACGCUGGUGUUGAUUUCGAUUACCGGGAUUGUGGUUGCGAGUGGAGGUACAAAGGUGCCGUUAUCGGGAAACUUUAAUAAUGCGUGGACAAAUACGAGUAAUAAUGGUGGUGCGUAUGCUCAUGCACUAUUUCAAAUCUUCUGGAGUUACGAUGGAUGGAACAACCUCAAUUACGCAACCUCCGAACUCAUAAACCCACGCAAAAAUCUCCCCAUCGCCGCAACAACCGGAAUCACAAUCGUAACCAUACUAUACAUCCUCGCCAACAUAUCCUACAUUGCUGUCGUGCCACUCGCCACCAUCUUGCAGGGCAACGCUGUACUCGCUGCUCAAUGGGGCACGCUGGUAUUCGGUAAUACGUUUGGUGGACAAGUGCUUCCUGCUUUGGUUGCGAUAAGUACGUUUGGUGCUGCUAUGGCGUCCACGUUUUCGGGAUCCAGGGUGUUGCAUAUUACGGCGAGAGCUGGAUAUCUGCCAUUUGGAAAGACGCUUUCGCAUUUGAACAGGGUUACUCAUACGCCUGUGAAUGCGUUGAUAAUGAACUGGAUCAUGGUCGUCAUUCUCUUAAUGGCUCCUCCAGUUGGACCGAUCUUUGACUUUUUAUUGGAUCUGGUCGGAUACCCUGCGUACGUUCCUUUGCCACCUUGGGUCUUUUACACACUCAGUGUCAUUGGCCUUAUCGUCAUGAGAAAGACGAUGGCGGAUGUGAUUAGGCCAUUCAAAGUGUGGCUUCCAGUCGCCUACUUUUUCUUGAUUGCUGGGUUCUUCCAAUUUGUUAUGCCGUUUGUGCCAUAUGGAACUUCAGAGUACCCUUAUUAUUUACCGCCAGUUGUUGGAUGGUGUUUUAUGCUAUCCGGCAUCCCUGCUUACUUUGCUUUCGUGUACUGGAAGGAGGAUGCAUCAUUGGAUCUCAAGUACUCGUAA